CAUCCGGUAGAACCGACACCUUUAAUACAAUCUGGUACCUAUGACUUCUGUCAGAGAGAAAUGUGUUGAUUUCUAUUGAAAACUAGCACCUUUGAGUACGUACGAGUGCCGAUUUUUGAAAAAAAACCGAUACUUGAUUAAACCGAGGCGACGGGCGUGGAGCAUGAGAAAGAAAACAAAUUUACGCUCUUAUCCCCUUGCGUGCCUCAUCUUCCUUAUCCUCUUGCAUGCAUCGCUCUUCUCCUCUCGCAAACCGCGCCUCUCCCCUACGCAGCGGUGCGGCGGUGCCAGCGGCCAGCUCCUCUCCCUCUCCCCCUGCGUCGGCGGGAGGUUGACACCGUGGCGACGAGGAGAAAAAAAUUCGACGUAUAUACAGCGAUCUCCUGAUCCUCCAUGAGCUUAGCUAUAGUGUGGACGUACGUUGACCACCCACAUCGACGAUGAAGUUUCACGAGGCGAUCAAGCUGCCAUCCAUUGCUCAUUACGCCCUACGCUAUGUGCUUCCCGCCGCCGCCGUCGCCGCGUGCGUUCUGGUGCUCGCCGCCGUCAGCCUACCCGGCCGCGUGCCGCUGCCGCUGCUGCUGAUGACGAACACGGCGGAUGGCGUGGGCGGCGACACGUCUGGUUGUGACAUCUUCAAGGGCGAGUGGGUGCCGGACAUGGCCCGCGAGCCGCCGCCGUACACCGGCGAGAGCUGUCCGGUGAUCCAUGGGCAUUAUGAUUGCAUGCGGUACGGACGGCCGGAUCUUGGGUACGUCCGGUGGCGGUGGCGGCCGGACGGCGGGUGCGAGAUGCGGCGGUUCGACGCUGCGAGGUUCCUCGCCGCGAUGAGGGGCAGGUCGGUGGCGUUCGUCGGGGACUCGCUGGUGUGCCUCCUGUCGCGCGCCGAGCGGCCGGCGCCGUGGACGAACGGCAGCUACGCGUACCGCUUCGAGCGGCACGGCCUCACCGUCGCGGCGUUCUGGUCGCCGUUCCUCGUCCGCGCCGUCGAGACGGACCCCGACGGCCCGACGGGGAGCGGCUCCGGCCUGUGGAGCCUCCACCUCGACGAGCCCGACGCCGGGUGGGCGGCGCACGUCGGCGCGUUCGACUACGACGUCGUCUCCGCCGGGAGCUGGUUCUACCGGCCGUCGAUGUUCUACGACCGCCGCGGCCGCCUCGUCGGGUGCAACACCUGCCUGUCCCCGAACGUCACCGACCUCACCCUCCGUUACUCCCUCCGGAUGGCGUUCCGGAGCGCGCUCCGGGCGGCGACGGGCGCGCGCCGCCGCGGCGGGCGCGGCGCGAGGACGGUGAUCGUGCGGACGAUCUCGCCGUCGCACUACGAGAACGGGACGUGGAACGGGGACGGGGACUGCCUCCGGAAGCGGCCGGCGCGGCGCGGCGAGUGGGAGCUGAACGCCAUGGAGAAGGACAUGCACCGGAUACAGGUGGAGGAGUUCGCGGCGGCGGCGGCGGCGGAGGGGGAGACGGCGAGGAAGAGGGGGAAAGAGGCGGCGAGGAUGCUGCUGAUGGACGCGACGGAGGCCAUGGCGCAGCGGCCGGACGCCCACCCGAGCAAGCACAGGCUGUGGCAGCCGGACAAGUUCAAGGUGUCGCGCGAUUGCGUGCACUGGUGCCUUCCCGGCGCCAUGGACGCCUGCAACGACAUGCUGUUCCACAUGCUGAUCGGGUGAUGGGUGAUGCCCGUUCUUCUCAUCAUGGCUGGUCGAUGAUUAUGUGCGGUUUAUUCGCGCCACGAUUUUAAAUGUACGAUUCGUUUUUUUUUUUAAAAAUACAUAAGCAUUGUUUAGAUAA